CCGCCGCCGCCGUCUCCAAGCCACCCCAAGCGGCGGCCGCGGUCAGGCUCCCCUCCCGCAGAGGCAAGCCAAGCUCUUCCUUCUCUCGCCGGCCGCGACACGGCAAAGGCGGCGCCCCCUCCCCCGCUGCCGCUGGUGGUGCUCCCCCCCUUCGUAGUUUUAUAAUGGAUCCCAAAAUGAAGCAGCUUCAAGAAGCACUGGUUGACAUUGAAACUGAUGCAGAGCAACUUCUUCUGGCAAGGCAUCAGUUAGUGGAAAAUGAUAGGAUGAGGAAUGCUAAUAGGGAAGCCCUGACAGCCCUCCGGAAAAGAGCCAAGACAACCAAAACUAGUGUUCCUACCCCUUUUGAAGUCAUAAUGAAAGAGUUGGAAGGAACUUCUGGCAGGCAGCUGGUAAAGGAGAUAUGCCCAACAUGUGGGGAUCAUGACCCCAAGGAAGAUACAUGGCUAAUGUUUCCAGGAUCAGAUAUCUUUGCUCGUGUUCCAUUUCAUGUGGCCCACACUGUUCUAGAUAAAGAUCAAGAACGACUAGAUUACGACACCAAGAAGCUGCAAAGCUUUGUGAAGGAGAAAUCAUUUGUGAUAUCGGAGAAAGGUGCCCUUGCGGACAGGAUCAGCCCUGGCAUCGUGAAAUCCCUCGUCAGUCUUACAGAUAAACCCAAGUAGGCACAGAUGGAUCAGGAUCGGCUGGGCUUACAGAAAUCCCUCGACAAGAUUUGCUUGUGCAUCCCCUGAAACUGAAACUGAAACGAAGCAUCCGUUGGGCUAACUGGUUGUGCUAUCAACUGCGAUGCUGUUCCUUGGACCAUGUGGUCCAGUUCUUCUGUGCUGUGACAUUAGCUAGGCUGUUGUUGAUGUGUCGUAGGCACUAUGCAGCCUUGAUCCUUAAUUCCUUAUCAUUACUCGUGAAUUAUAUGAGUAGGUUAGGAUUGCGAUAAACCUGGGCACUUUAUCAUUGAGCGUGUAUGACAGUACUUGGCUUCAGACUCCCAAUAUUAAUGGGAAAGCCGGCUUCUGCAUGUGCUACUCGUCGAUGAUCGAAAUAUUUCAGGUCAUACAAAAGUUCUUAGCAGAUGAUACUCCCUCCGUCCAA